GAUACAGGCCGCUCCCUGGCGCUCAUCGGCAGUGCGGCCGUUCCUCUCGCCAUGGCGGCUGGUGGUGGCGGGGCCGGGGCGCCCGAGCGGCCCUACGAGCUGGUGGUGUUCGGGGCCUCGGGCUUCACCGGCCAGUUCGUGGUGGAGGAGGUGGCGCGGGCGGCGGGCGGCGGGGAGCUGCGCGGCGCCCUGCGCUGGGCCGUGGCCGGGCGGCGUCGGGAGAAGCUGCAGGCGGUGCUGGAGCGGGCGGCCGAGAGGCUGGGGAAGGCGGCGCUCGGGGCGGAGGUCGGCGUGCUGCUGUGCGAUGUGGGCGACGCGGCCUCGCUGGCCGCCAUGGCGAGGCAGACCCGGCUGGUGCUCAACUGCGUGGGCCCGUACAGAUUCUUUGGAGAGCCUGUGGUAGAAGCUUGUGUUGAAAAUGGUGCCAGCUGCAUUGACAUCAGUGGAGAACCCCAGUUUCUGGAAGGAAUGUACCUGAAAUACGACGGAAAAGCUGCGGAAAAGGGAGUGUAUGUCAUUGGAAGCUGUGGCUUUGACUCUAUACCAGCCGAUAUGGGAGUACUGUACACCAGAGACAAGCUGAAAGGUACCUUAACUGCUGUCGAAAGUUUCCUGACGGUGCAAUCUGGGCCUGAGGGUUCUUGUGUACACGAUGGGACCUGGAAGUCAGCUGUUUACGGCCUUGCGGAUCAAGACAACCUGAGGAAGCUUCGAAAAAGGAUAGGCUAUGCCCCUGUUCCAGUAGUUGGUGCAAAACUUAAAAGAAGAGGACUUGUGUUUUACAAUCAGGAAUUCAAAGAGUACUCUGUUCCAUUCAUGGGAUCUGAUGUUUCCGUUGUGAAACGGUCUCAGCGUUAUUUGCACACAGAGUUGCAGGAAACACCUGUGCAGUAUGGCGCUUAUGUGAACAUAGGUGGUCUUGGCUCUGUUGUCAAGCUGAUGUUUGCUGGCAUUUUAUUUCUUCUUCUUGUGAAGUUUAGCUUUGGAAGAAAACUUCUGACAAAAUACCCGGAAUUUUUCUCUGCUGGACGCUUCACAAAGAAAGGACCAACCCAGAAACAGAUGGAUGGAACCUCUUUUACAAUGACUUUUUUUGGUGAGGGUUACAGUGAGGGGCAAGAUCCCCAGAAUGGCAAACCCAAUGUAAAGAUCUGCACUGAAGUGAAAGGACCAGAGCCUGGCUAUGUUGCUACACCAAUUGCAAUGGUUCAAGCAGCUGUAUCUCUUCUGGAAGAUGCACCUUGUCUGCCUAAACAGGGUGGUGUAUAUUCUCCGGGAGCUGCCUUCUCCAAAACAAAACUGAUUGAUCGCCUCAACAAACGUGGUAUUGAGUUCUCUGUUAUUAGCAAGCCUGAAGCCUGAAGUCAAAACAUAACUGUAUGAACUAACACCUUUCCUGGGUCUAACGCCAAUAAAACUAAUUUGGCUGUAAAAGCCUCAUCAUAAAAUAGUUUCACUGUGCUAUUGUUUACAGCAGAAACAGAAGAAAAUUUGAGUUAAAAGUUACUAUUUGCUAUAGCGAGAAAACCCAUAAAGGGUAUAGAGUUUUGAUUCACAAGCCUAUGAAAUCAGUGACUUAUUGGGUACUAGUUCUGGAAUUUUGUUUAAUCUCUUUCAUCUAAGUUUUAAGUUGCUCUUCAGUGGAACCACUAUAGCAUCUGCUUCACAACUACCCCCAGCCUUCUCGCUUUGCCCCGUUCCGCAACAAUUAGAAGCAGGCAGGCCCUGGCUAACAAGUGCCUUAGCAGGUGAAACCACGAGUUACUCCUCAUGCCUCUUUGGGAUAGGCGCUGUUACUUUGUGGUGGUCUUGCUUUCAAAGCCUUAGCGCCCCUAGUGAAAUAAAAGCGGAGUAGUUGUU